AUGGCGGAAGCGAGGCAAGGAGACUUUCUGCUAGAUGAGCAGACACCACCACCGGCGCUGGAUAUGCUGCACAGACUGCAGCUAUUUCGCACAACGCUGGUUAACUUCAUCGAGUGGAAGAACUUUGAGGAAGUGGUUCGGGGGUGUUUUGUGCGGGUUCUCCUCGAGAUGCGCAGCGAGGACGUGCGGCGAGACAACAGCGACCACUACUACAUUGCGUGCGUGAAGGGCGCGAGGCGCGGCCCAAAGUACUCCGGUUUCUCCGCGGACAUGGCCAACACGGAGUGGCACAUUGUGAUUGAGCUGCCGCCGUGCUUCCGCGCCACGCAGAACGGCAACGUCGUGCAGCUGAACUCGAUCUCCAACUCCCCGUUCCGGCUCUCGGAGUACCAGCAGUGGGUGGAGAUGACGCGCGAGGCGGGCCACGCGUUCAUAAGCCCGCCGCAGCUGCAGUUCCGUCUCGACAUGCUGGAGGAACACAAGCAGCAGGCGCUCACGCCGGAGCCGCGGCGGAAGCGGUACGGUGAAGACCCCCAAACGUCGGAGCGGCGGGAACGGGCCCUCAACGCGCUUAGAGAGCAGCUGAGAGCCGAGGUCGUCAGCACGCAUGUGCAGAUGCCGCUUAUUGGGGAGCUGCAGCUGCGCCCGCUAGAACAGCUCCAGGAAAUCGAGCGGGAGGUGCUGGAAAUGAUUAGCAAGGUGCGCAUGACCAUCAAUGAGCGGUCAAAGUGCAUGGUCUGCCACAGGCGCCUCUGUACCGUCAUCUGUUACCCCUGCAAGCACCAGGUGCUGUGCAAGGACUGCUCUACAAACAUAUGCGGCCGGUGCCCUGUGAACAGUUGCAACGUUCCCGUGCAGGAGACUUUUGAGGCCUACACAUCGUAG